AAAGGUCAUUUCUAUAAUUUGAGACUAUCAGUUACGGAUCUCUUGUUACGACCACUUCAAACGCAACACAGUUCGUGUUGUUUAGUAGCCAAUUUUCUCCCUUCUUAUCGUACUAGUGUCUUUUUGAACUCUCUACUUACAGUAUGUGUUAAGCUCAGUUACUCAAUUACUCAUGUGCAUUGGAAAUGUAUUCAAGCACGUUGGAUAAUUUGUUGCUCUAACCCAGUAGGAAGUAGCGUAUUGUGUUAUUGCUAAUUCAGUAUGGAACAUCUUCAAUUGUAAAGACAGCUAAAAUGGUAGUGGGCGUGGUAAUGUCAGUUAUUGUCAUUUCAAUCUGGAGUUCCGCCUCUGCUACUAAUGACACUGUGUUAACAAUCAAGUAUAAUGGUACAAGAAUUACAUUCUCAAGAUCAAAUCUAGUUACAUUCUAUGUGUGUCUUUGCAACAAAGUCAGGAGUCCUUGUUUGGCUCGGUCGGAAAAAAAAUUUCAGAAUGUUUCUGAGGUUGACAUUAACAUUGUAUCAGGAAAAUACGCCGGCGAAAGUGAAGACAAUUUAGUGAGCACGUGUAAGGUCGGUGAAGAUAAAAGCGGUGAAUUCCUGAUCAACUGUACUAAAGUAGUCCACAGCAAGCCUGUUAUUUCCAUCCAUUUUUCAGACGUUACAAAGAAACUCAACGAUACUUGUGUUGGUUCUUUUGUCAACAUAGAACUGGUUAAUGCAAGACUAAUGUCUGGGUCUCCUGACGUCAUAAUAUCUAAUGAGACCUCGCAAAUUACUGGUUCCGAGCGUCCCAAAAUUUCCACGAAAGAGCCUGUUCUCUCUCACGAUUAUAUUAUUAUAAUGGCCGUUCUACUAACAAUGUCGUGCGCAUGCAUAGCGAUCUUUGUGCUUUUGUCCAUGUUAAGACAUAAAGGCUGGAAAUGUAUGAACUGUCCGCUGUAUAAAAAUACGACCAGCGCGAACAUUAAAAAUGAGCAACCAGAAUCGCAUUACGCAUUCAUUGACGAUAUCUGCUCUAAUCCACCUACCAAGUAUUCUGGUUUGAGAAACAUAUCAAGAAAUAUUCAGCACACGUAUAAUACGUCCAAUGCAAGCAGAAAGGAUGUGUCAUUUGAUUCUUUCCCUCCGAUAAAGACUAGUAGAGGAUCAAGCAAUAACUCGCUCUCUGUUGUGGAAAUAUACAAUGUGGCAUCCAAUGUCACGGGUCUUCCAGACAAAACUGAUCAGAAUAGCAGUUUUGACAGCACUAAUAAUAAUGUAUACAGCAAUGACAACUCUAAAUUUGAUCCGUACUACGAAGAAAACUUGUAUAAAACGCCGAAAUGUCAAUUGGAAGACAUUGACUCAGGGCCAAACUACAGUGUUGUAAAUUUGAAUGAAUAGGCUUUUCAAUGAGAAUAACAAAAAAGUACAGAGACUUGAUUUUUAACAUUUCUUAAGACGAAAGCCUGAUUCUAGGAUUAAGCGUUGGCUCUAUGCUUUAAGUGUUUAUGUAUUAGAACAUUGUAUGAGGAAGUAAAAUUUGAAAAGUCUGAAACACAAACAGUUUCAAAAAAGUUAUCAACCUAAUAAAAUACACAGAAAGUCACAAAGAUUCUUAUUCCUUAUGCUAGGCCAAAUUUGUACAAAUGUUCCUUCAAUGCCAUUACAGCAUGGAACAAAUUGCCUAAAUCAGCCAGGAAAACAUACAUGACUAGUUUGACACGUAGAUGUGCUGAGGAUGUAAUUAUCUUCUCUUUUGAAGGAACGUCUUGAACUAAUAAUAUAAUAUAAUUCAGAACAUGUAUUAACCUAUAUUUUGAGGAGUCCUUUCCCUACGUAUCGAUGUCAUAUUAAUUAACUUUAAGACAGAGGGGCUCAUUAAUUGCUCAGAAGACCCGUCAUUAUAGCCAUGAAAGCGACUUCAUUUAUUAUUGACUGGAUUCUUAACCACUCAAAGUGCUGCUACAAGAGUUCUUCACACUUCCUGGUCAGAAUCUACUUGGGAACAUGGUAGCCCUUUUUUUGUUUUGAAACUGUCCAACUUACUUUUCAUCUAGACUAGAUCUUGCGAGUUAUAAAUCAGAAGUCUAGAUCAGGAUCUAGUUCUAGAUGUCUAUAUGGAAGUACUAAUAAAUAAUUGCAGAAUUUUGCAAUAUCCUAACGUGGUAGGUACUUGGAGCUGACGUGCCAAAGUACAGGCUCGAUAUCCGGCUUGAGCAAACAUUUUGUUUAAUAAUAUUUUAUAUUUUAUUUUAUUUUAAGUUGUACAACGGAGGUAUUGUCUUUUUAAAAAAAAUGUAUUUUGUGUAAUGUUUUUCUUUUUUUUUUUUUAGCACGAAUAGCAUAAAAUUUUUAUUAAUUUUUGUUAUUAAAAAGUCUGUACUCUGCGUCGUAUUCAUCUAGCCAGCUUCUUUGCUGCUGAGUCGUAGACUCUUGUGCAGUCUGUGCCAUGAGUUUUUUGUUCAUCUAUCAUGCAGGAUUGUUGGGGUAGUGUCUCAAGUGAAUUGAGGUAUUCAACGAAGCUAUGUUGAACAGCUUCAUAUGCAGUGUCUCCAGUGUCCUGGGUAUAUGGGUUUUAUUCUGAGUGAAAACUGUACGUUUAAUAUUGCAUUUAAUAUUCGUUUUCAGUAUUGUUUUGAAAAGAUUGUAGACAUAUUAUUAUACGCUCAUUGUUCCAUUCCAUUAUCUGCAUUUAUAUUUUAAAUAAGCCAUUCUUUUUGGAGCGGUGUAUAUUUAAGAAAUAGACUUGACACAGACUAUAUACCUUGACAUGUUUUUAUAAUUACGCUUUAUAUAUAUAUAUAUAUAUAUAUAUAUAUAUAUAUAUAUAUAUAUAUAUAUAUAAUCGGGUGCUUUUAAUAUUAAAUGCUAUCUUGGAGGUACUUAAAGAAAUGGCAGAAUAGCGAAACUAUUUUUUGUAAAUAUGUAUUUUCUCUAUGUCUCGACCGGGCCUUUAAAAAAUUGCAAAUACUCACCUUUUAUCUUAGAUGGAGGCAAUAUUGAUAUUGGUAUUUUCGAAGAUCCAAAUCUAAACUUCAGGAGCGCGAGUGAUAAAGUGCUGGGCUUCCGUGUCGACGGGUCUUGGGUUUGAAUCCCGAUGACAACCGGAAAUUUCAAUUAAAGAUUUUGAGCACGCUAAUGAGUCCAUUCUAGUUUAAUGGGUACCUGAAUGACUUAGAGGUUAGGGUUAGGGUUAGGGGCAAGUAAAAGAGGUUUGUCUUUGUGCUGUCUUUCGUUGACCGUGGGUCACGGAAACUAUGACCUUCACAUCAUCUGCCUAACGCAAGGUCUGAAAGGGUACUACUAGAUUUCACAGAGUGUGGGGGAGUGUUGAAAUGUCGACAGUUGAUUUGAAAUGGAAGAAAAAUUAGGGGGUUUUGAACAAAUAAAUAAUAUGUUGCCUAAAAAAUAUUUUAACUUAACAAAGCAUGAUUGUUUGAGAUACUAGAUUAUUUUGAGAAAGUUAAAAAUAUGUCUUAAUUAGGCUAAAUUUUUUUCGCUUGAAAAAUUUUGCAAAACAUGAAAUGGAUGGGCUAAAGUUUUGAUAAUAAUAAAUAAUAGUGAGAAUAAAUGUACGGGCAUAGAAAGUCUAUAUACCACUCAGUCACUGAUCUAUCACAAAAUCUAUGGAACCGCCGAACGGAUAUGCAUGAAUUUAUUUUCACAAUUUGCUCGUAUCUCUUAGGUGCUCACUGAGAAACGGUUUUGACAGAUUCGUAAUUUAAGCGCUGAAAUUCGCGGGAAAAAAAACGCGAGCCUUCUUAUAAACAUUUAUAUUAAUUCUUCGGUAGCUCCUCGAAAUUGUGCAAUCUAUGAGCUUUAAUACCAAUUUGUAAUAGCACUGAAUAUAAUUAUACAUAAUAUAUAUGCACAGCCUGGGAAAUUAAUGUACAAGCUUGACCGAUGUGUGAAGCUAAAUUUGGAGAAUUGAGAAUGUGCAAUAAAGUUGUUCAUUUGGUCAACUAGGUGAGAAUUUGAAUAUCUGAAUAUUGGUUUGAGUAUUUAGUGACCUGUACGGCAAUGUACAUGCCUUUUGGUUCAUGGAAUACAUGCUAAUAAGCUAAUAA